GGUGACUUCCGCUCUGCUUCUUGUCCUUGUCCUCCCGCCUGACCGGCGCUUAAUCCGUGAUGUUGGCUGCGGUGCGGGCGGCCCGCGGGCUCUUCAGGGGAGCAUCUGCUUUCCGCUCGCUUCCGCAAGUCCGACUGGAGGGUACGACGACAGAGUCAAGACCCACUGUGAGGCCAGAAAAUAAAGUGCUGUUGAACCAACUCUCGGCCUUCGGCGAAUAUGUGGCGGAGAUCAUGCCCAAGUAUGUGCAGCAAGUUCAGGUGACCUGUAACGGAGAGCUGGAAGUCAUGGUUCACCCAGAUGGAGUUAUACCAGUCCUUAUAUUUCUUCGUGACCACACAAACGCCCAGUUCAAAUCACUGGCUGAUCUGACCGCUGUUGACAUCCCGGCGAGAACAAACCGUUUCGAAAUCGUAUACAACCUUUUGUCAUUGCGGUUCAACAGCCGCAUGCGAGUAAAGACCUACACUGAUGAGUUGACUCCUGUUGAGUCCUCAGUGCCGGUCUUCCAGGCUGCAAACUGGUACGAGAGAGAGGUUUGGGAUAUGUACGGUGUGUUUUUUGCAAACCACCCUGAUCUGAGACGGAUCCUAACAGACUAUGGGUUUGAAGGUCAUCCCUUCCGGAAAGAUUUCCCACUGUCAGGAUACGUGGAGGUGCGAUAUGAUGAUGAGGUGAAGCGAGUGGUGGCAGAGCCGGUGCAGUUGUCCCAGGAAUUCCGUAAGUUUGACCUGAGCAGCCCAUGGGAAGCCUUUCCAGCACAUCGUCAGCAGCCUGAAAGCCCAAAACUGGAGUCCGGAGAAACCAAAUAAGUCUCCCGCUAGUUAUUUAUGUAUGUAUAAUAAAAGCCUAAAUUUUGUGGUU